AUGCAAAAUUAUAUAAUCAAGGAGGAAACAAAAGAAAAUAUUUUUGUUAUAAGAUCUUUGAAAUCAAAAGAAGAAGUAGACUUAGCCCUUAAUUUAAGAGCUAAUGAAUUUCUUAAGUUAGAGGAAUAUAAAACUUUGAAAGAAGAGGACAUGAUUUCUGAAUUUGAGAAAUAAACAGCUUACCGUAUUUAUGAGUAUGGUCAUACUUUUGCAGCAUUUGAUGGAGAAUAAUUGAUGUCUUAUUACUUUACGUAUGAUUUGACCUUUGAGCCUUUUGCUGAUGUAGAUAAAUUGAAUUUACAGUAGUAAGUAAUCAGAAAUAUGAGACUUGAUGCCGUUGAAUUGCUCAAGCCUUAGCCAGGGCAAUACUGGUAUGUGGGAUACACAACAACGAAGCAUGAAUACAGAAGAAACAAAUUAUGUUUUUUCUAUUGCCAGUUUACCUAUGCUAAGACUGGUAUAAGCAUCAGGUGCCCAAGUAAUAAAGUAUUAUGGAGCUGCAGAUUAGAACGACAAGAAAAAAUAUUAUUUUGGAGAAGGUGA